AUGGGUGUCAGUUUUUCACUUUCCUCAAAAGUGGCAAUGAAGCAAAAUUCUGACAUUUUCUCUGAGUUUGAAAUAAACCGGCCUGGGAGUCCUUUGAUACAAUGUGCCUCUGUAUGUGCCCAGUCAGUGGUCUGUUAUGGUGUAGAACUUUGUAACACAAAACCAAAAUGCUGUCGACUAUGGGGCGCAACAUUUACUAACGACGAGACGGAGCAAGUAACGAUCAAGUGCGCACGUUAUACAAAGGUAUGGGGAUGUUCUCAUCCCUGUGAUAGCUUUGACUCGACCGGUGUUCAAACUCUUAUUGUUCAUGGAAGGUUAAUGGAAGUUUAUAAGUGUUUCCGUGGAAACCAUAUGUGGACUGUUGUACAAAGAAGGCUGGGCGGCUCUGUUUUGUUUAACAGGAAUUGGUCAAGUUACAAAAAUGGAUUUGGUUCCUUAUCUUCUGAAUUUUGGCUAGGAAAUGAAAACAUUCAUCUGUUAACAAAAAAUGGUCAUACUUAUCUGCGAUUCGACCUAAUGGAAAGUAAUGGGGAAUGUAAGUACGCGGAGUACCGUUAUUUCUACGUUGACACCGAGGAAAAUAUGUAUAAACUCACGGUUUCCGGAUACUCUGGAAACGCAGGAGACGACAUGGAUUACCAUAAUGGCAUGAACUUCACCACUUCUGAUGUUACUGAGUGGUACUCCUGUGCCUCUGUCUAUGAGGGCGGCUGGUGGUUUCGAAGUUGUUACCAUUCAUUCCUUAACGGAGAAUACGGACGUCGUGUUCAUUGGGGUACUUUGACUAGCAACGUAUUGUCUUUGAAAGAAGUCGUCAUGAUGAUUCGGAAACCCUAAUGUAUAUGAAAGUGAAAA